UAAGAAGGCGGAAGUAAUGUAUUGUGUAAUUUAUUUUUUGUAUUUGUAAUGUCUAUGAGUGUUACUUAACAAGUUGUGCGUGAUGAAUCGCCGAUAGUUGAUAUGGCCGAUGACCGAGAGAUUCUGCGAGAAGUGUGGGACGGCCGUGUUCCAGUCUGUUUCACUCUGGCAGAUGAAGAAGUCCAGACUGUAGAAACUCCAGAUUCAUUCUAUCUGCUGGUGCCAAGACAGAGUUAUUUCCCCCUUGUUACCGACAAAGUAGUUCGCUAUUUAUCGAAAUGGGUAAAAGAAGAGGAUCAACAGGAGAUGUGGUUAGAAUAUGAAAACCAGCCAUUAAAGUGGCACUAUCCUAUUGGCGUUCUCUUUGACCUAUAUGGUGCUGAUGCUUCUCUUCCAUGGAAUAUCAAAGUACAUUUCCAGGAUUUCCCAGAAGAUGAACUCCUGCACUGCUCCUGCCUGAAGGCUGUGGAGUCUCACUUCAUGUCCGUCUUAAAAGAGUCUGACGUGCUCAAACAUCGAGGACAAGUGAUGAACAACAUGCAGAAGAAGGACCACAAGCAGCUGUGGAUGGGUUUGCAGAAUGACAAAUUUGAGCAGUUCUGGUCGGUUAAUAAGAAACUAAUGGAAAUGACAACAGAAGAUUCCUUCAAGUAUAUUCCUUUUAGAAUUUAUCAGCAGGAAAAACCUAUGAUCCAAAAGCUGUUCAGCCCAAUAGAUGUAAUGGGCAACACACUGACCUUGUGUGACCUCCUGGCAUUUGCUCUUGCAGAUGUCUAUACAGAAGAUUUUAAACAUGAGAAUAGAUUUAUAAUCCAAGGCAUUGAAACACCAGUACAAACACCGAUUCUGUGGCUCAGCCAACAUUUCAGUUACCCAGACAACUUUCUUCAUAUAUGUGUUGUGAAUAAAAACAAGGAUGCAAGCUAGUGACAUCAUUUCCCUGUAUAGUAUAAAACAGUAAUAUAUUUUGAUUUCUAGUUCAUGCUAGCCUUGUCUGGCUGAAAUUCACUAAGUGUGUAAGACUCACGAAUGAAGAGUGAAGUUAAUGUCAUACAAAUGUUUAGUGUUUAGUAUCAUAUGUAGUAUUUUUGUAGUAUUUCGUUUUGAAAAUGUGAAGUCCUAGACUUUUGUUUUGCAGUGUAAUUGUUUCUUUAAGCCAAUGAAGUUGCUGAUGUUAUAUCUUGUUUCAUAAUUAAGCUCAGAAUUUCUAACCAAAGGUUCAGUAUUGAAACUGUUAUGUUAUGAUAUUUCUCCAACGGUCUACUUUAAAUAUUUGUGUUUUCUAAAGUAAUGUGUCAAUUAUUUUUGUGGAAAGGGAAGCAAUAUUUAGUUCUCAAAUUUUAACCUGGAAGGAAAACCUAGCAAAUAAGAAGCAAUACUAGAAAUCUAUCUCAGAAGUAGAUUCCUAAUAAAGACAUUAUAACUGUUUUCAACAUCAGUGUGGAAGAUUGGAGUCACUCCUGAAAAAAGAAAUUCCUGUUAUAUCUGAAAUACUGUCAAAAAUAAACUGAAAAGCAAAAUCUGCUUGUAAGACUGAUUUUUCAGAAAACAAUUUAGCAUUUUCAGCUGCUUGCUGUCUGCUAUGUGUAAAUUUCAAGCCUGGCGACAUUGUUAGGUGUUUCUGCCGUAAUCAUAGAUAAUACCAGGAUUUCUGAGGUUGAUAGUAAUGAUCCGAUAAUGUUUGGUAUGGUAGACAUGCUUUGGAAAAUGCAGGCACAUAUGCAGGUGGAGAGUUUCAGGGAUCAAAACCCCUCUCUGUUCAAACAAAUUUUAGUUUUGUUUUCAGUACAUUUUCCUGGGAAAUAUGACUCGACCCCCUCCUCUUCCCCCCCCCCCCCCCCCCCAUCUAUAAACUCACUCACAAAGUCUAGACCCCCUGCUAAAAUUCCUGCACAGGUGCCUGAAAUGAUGACAUUGGCAUUACGUACAUCCAUCAUGAUGGGGCGCAACCCUGGCCAUGCUCUUAUAAAACUAAAUCUAGACUAAUAGGCUCCAUCAUAUAUGGUCAUAUGGGAUAGAAAAAGUACAUUCUUGGUGUUGGAAAUUUCUAUCUGUGACGAGGGUUGCCGAGUCCCAGGGUCAAAAUUUCCACCAACGAGGUUGUACUUUUUCAAUCCCACAUGACUGCAUAUGAUGGAGUCUUUUUCUCCCAUCCACUUGAUAAAUAAACCAUUAUUUUACACAAACAAACAAAGAUGGCUGAAAAAGUUAUUUCUUUAUUUGACAACUUUAUCAUAAAUAAACUACAUUAUUACAUUUGCUGCAUCUGUUUCAUGUGUUAAAUAUAUGACCUAUUAAGUAAUGAAGGUUUUAAUAAUAAAAUAUCAGUCUCAAACUAACUAAUUUGCAUUAACAUGACGUCAUAUAUAUUACCAACAAUGUAAUACUCCCCAAUUUAAACGUAAUUAUGUCAUAGCCUAUACAAGACAGAUUUAUUUCGUAUGGGCUGUCGUCAUGGAAUGGGUCUGUCUUGCACAGCUAGGGAGAACACAGGCUGGCUACUAUAGACAUUAGAAUGACAAAAAGAAAUUGAAUGUGUCAAAAUUAAUAUUAAAGGAAGAAUAUUACAGCAACUUAUUAAGAGGUCUAUAAAAAUAGUUAUUAGCCAGGAGUAACUUGUGUCCAACAAGUGAAAAUAUACCUUUAAAACAUUUGGGGCUGAAUUUAUUUGCCUGUUUUUCUUCAAUGCUGGUCUUUAAGCAUUGUAAAUGUGUGUACAAUGUAAUUCAAUGUAAAAAAACAACAACCAGGUUUUGUCAAUUUUGGCCCAUAUUGAUUUAUUAAAAAUUGAACAAAAUAUUUCCAAAAUAGAUCAAUGGGUGUGUUGUUGUUUUUUCAUUCCUCUUAGAUGUCGUUAGAACAGGGUAUAUUUUUUUAACUAUACACAAACACAAUGGUGCUAAAAAUACAUAUUGUUAUAACAUGUCGUAAAUUGGGUUAUUACUGUUUUUUAGCUAGGUACAUUAGGUUAUUUGCAUGUCUGCUUGUAUAUUGCAAACAAAGUUGAAAUAUUUUUGUUUGUUUUGGCAUUACUUAAAGCAUUUAGCUUCUCUGUGGUAUAUUUAGUAAUAAUAGAUUUAUUUGUCAUGGUUUACAGUUGAAGUGAAUUGAGAAAGUGACUUAUAAUUACAGAAGCUUAGAAAGAUUUACAGGUGUACAAAUAUGAUUUAUGUUAUUCUUUUAGUUUAAAAUAUGUUGUUGAUUUGAAAAACAAUUAUAGUCUAAAAAUUAUAAAACAUGUUGGUGAAAAGUAUUAUACUCUAAACAUGUCGUACAGUUUAUACAGUACAAGAGAUUGGAUCAUUAUUAUAAACGUGUGAAUAAAAGUAUCAUAAAUAACAAUGGAAGUUAUUCUGUACAUUGAGCUUGUCAGUUUCUCUUGUGUUGGCAUGAUGUCAUAGAUCUGUAUAUAAGGGCAUUAUAACAUGUGGUAUAUAAUAUUUACAGCACUCUAUAAUUUUAGCAACAUGAAUAAUAACCAUCUAUUGGUAUAUAAAUACAGUGAAUGUUGUCUAAACUGGAUUCAAAGGGAAUACAAAGUGCUGGAUUAGACAGAUGUCUGCCAGGCUAUUGCCGCUGGUAGGAACUUUAGAGAUCAUGCUGGUUUACACAGAAAUCUGGAUUAUAUAGAUGCUUGUGUGGACAGUCUCCACUGUGUACAGUUAUGAUGUCAUUCUGUCAAUGUUAAAGGGACCAAGCCAAACAGUUCGAGAUGAGCAUGAAAGUUAUUUGUGAUAAUUAUGCCAUAGAACUAUUUCUGGACUAAUAACAUAACAGAAGUCGAAGUAAUGAUGUUUGAUUGUAUAAAUAUGGAAAACCAUUUGAAUUUUGAAUCGAUUCAUAAAAGGCUAGAAAGCUAUACCCAAUGAUUGUGUAUAUUUAUAAAGGCUAGACAGCUAUACCCAAUGAUUGUGUAUAUGUAUAAAGGCUAGACAGCUAUACCCAAUGAUUGUGUAUAUGUAUAAAGGCUAGACAGCUAUACCCAAUGAUUGUGUAUAUGUAUAAAGGCUAGACAGCUAUACCCAAUGAUUGUGUAUAUGUAUAAAG